UCAGAUGGCCAUAAAGCGAGCGCGUGUAAAAGAAUGCUGGAAAUGUGUGUUAAGCGUACAUCCUUCCAUCCAACCAUCCGACCAUACUCUAUGCAUGUAUGUACUCACCACACCCUGAUCCUGUUUAGCAUAAAAAUACCAACACUUUCAAGUCGAAGAAGCAAAAACACACACUUUGAAAACAUUCGUGGAUUCUGCAAACUUCCGUUUGAAAAGCCUUUGAGCAGGCAGUCAGUGAGUGUGAAGUGAGCAAAUUGAGAGAGUGGGAGAGAAAACCGAAGGGAAGUAAGAGUAUUUGCUAAAAUUGCAUUCAAAAGCAAAGAGUUACUUUGAGUGUUUGAAAGACAAAACAAAAACAAAUGAGAGAAGUGUACUAAAACCAACAAAACAAUAACAACAACAACAACAGCAACAAUAAUAAGAAUAACUGCAAGUGGUGGCAGUCAGCAUAGCCAAACAACAGUAAAAUUCUGAGUGCCAUUUCCUAUGCUUAAAGGAGAGCCACUACCUAAGCUUUCUGCUCACCAGCAAGUGUCUGUUGUUGUUUUUUUAUGAGUCUGCUGUAGCAUAUUUUGCAGAGAUUUUGCCCCAUAAAAUCCUGUUGGGCUUCAAUGUUGCUGCUGCUGAAUAGGCUGCUUGUUGUUGUUAUUGUUGUUGCUCAAAUUGUGGCUGUGCAACUUCAGCAAUGGCUGCUGCCGAGAAAUUUAUUAAGCGCUGUAACUUUGUGAGGAUAAGACGUUAAAAAGACGGCCAUUGGCAUAUCGCAAAAGAAAAAUUGAAAGAACUGAUGCUCCCUUGGCUGUAACAAAAUACAAGUAAUUAGACAGAAAUGAGUGUAAUUAUCAUUUGUUAAAAGAACUGUAAAUGUAACAAAAGUUACUAAACUUACCACUACUAUUUCAACAACAACUACAACAGCAUCAAAUACAGCAACAAGAAGAACGUCAUCAACACAAAAAUUUCCAAAAUUACCAAUUAACAUUGUCAAAAAUAAGAAGAACAAGACCAUCAUCCACAUCAUUAGCAGUAAUCGCAACGACGGCAGUAGCAUCGAUAGCACAAGUCCAUGUUCGUAUUCGUCACAGGGGACAAGCACCAGUUUUCGAAUGAAUCUCUACCAAAUAUCAGCAAUACCACAACAAUAAGCUAGAGACGACAUCAUCAUCAUCACCCAGGCAGAGGAGCUGUACAACUACUAGCGUCGUUCGUGGUCCCACAAACACUCAUAAUUAAUGUCUGCAUCUGUCGUCCGUCAUCUGAACAUAGCCUCCUGAAUCGCCCACAAACCGAUACCAAAUUACAAAGGCUAAUUAAGGCGUUCAAUUAAGGAUUUCUUUGCCGCCUUACGUCAAAAUGUUUCAAAUCUGAUAUAUAAGAAAUAUAUUAGCAGCAUAGGGAAGAAAGGCUUUGAGUCAAGACUCCCACAAAUCAACAUCACCUACUACGAAUCAUCAUCAGUCAAAUAUUGCCAAAAUAAUCUACAGACGCAGCUAAAACAUGGGAACUGGUCAUUUUUUCUGGGUGAUAUUUUACUUUGCCAGUUUAUGUAGUGCAUCACUAGCUAAUAAUGCCAAAAUAAAUUUCCGAGAAAAGGAGAAAAAAGUCUUAGAUCAAAUUUUAGGUGCAGGCAAAUACGAUGCAAGAAUACGGCCAUCUGGUCUCAAUGGAACUGAAAACUUACCCACCUAUGUCUAUGUCAACAUGUUCCUAAGGUCUAUUUCGAAAAUCGACGAUUACAAAAUGGAAUACAGUGUACAGCUAACAUUCCGUGAACAAUGGACAGAUGAACGUUUAAAAUUUGAUGAUAUACAAGGUCGUUUAAAAUAUUUGACCCUAACAGAGGCAAAUCGCGUGUGGAUGCCAGAUUUGUUCUUUUCGAAUGAAAAGGAGGGUCAUUUCCAUAAUAUCAUUAUGCCUAAUGUUUAUAUCCGUAUAUUUCCAAACGGUUCUGUUUUAUAUAGUAUUCGUAUCUCAUUAACAUUGGCUUGUCCUAUGAAUUUGAAAUUAUACCCCUUGGAUCGGCAAAUUUGUUCACUACGUAUGGCCAGUUAUGGCUGGACUACAAACGAUCUUGUCUUCCUGUGGAAAGAAGGCGAUCCUGUGCAAGUGGUAAAGAACUUACACCUACCUCGCUUUACACUUGAAAAAUUCUUGACUGAUUAUUGCAACAGUAAAACCAAUACGGGUGAAUACAGUUGCCUCAAAGUCGAUCUACUAUUCAAGCGAGAAUUCUCAUAUUACUUAAUUCAAAUUUAUAUCCCAUGCUGUAUGCUGGUAAUUGUCUCAUGGGUGUCAUUCUGGCUAGAUCAAGGUGCUGUACCAGCUCGUGUCUCCUUGGGUGUCACCACACUGCUCACCAUGGCAACGCAGACAUCCGGUAUCAAUGCAUCACUGCCACCGGUCUCCUACACCAAAGCCAUUGACGUCUGGACUGGUGUGUGUUUAACGUUUGUAUUUGGCGCCCUGCUCGAGUUUGCCCUGGUGAACUAUGCGUCCCGCUCAGGUUCGAAUAAAGCUAACAUGCACAAGGAGAAUAUGAAAAAGAAACGCCGUGAUUUGGAGCAGGCGAGUAUAGAUGCCGCUUCAGAUCUGCUGGACACAGAUAGCAAUGCAACAUUUGCAAUGAAACCUCUGGUACGUCAUCCGGGUGAUCCAUUGGCAUUGGAAAAGUUGCGACAGUGCGAAGUGCACAUGCAGGCGCCUAAACGUCCCAACUGCUGCAAGACUUGGCUGUCAAAGUUCCCCACAAGACAAUGUUCUAGAUCGAAGCGGAUCGAUGUUAUAUCGAGAAUAACAUUUCCCCUGGUCUUUGCCCUCUUCAAUUUGGUCUACUGGAGCACCUAUUUAUUCCGAGAUGAGGAGGAUGAGACUUUCUAAACGCAUUGAUGACGACGUUGAUGUUCAUGAUCACAGUCACGAUCACCAUCACGAUGGCAUUGAUGAGGAUGAGGCUAAUAUGGAGGAAAUUUAAACAAAAUGAAUGGCUAUGUAGAAUUCUAUCGUUAAUGUGGCAAAUGAAUGACAUUCUCCCCGCCCACUUCCCGAAACUGCAGCCCUUAUGCUAUGCAUAGAAAUUCUUCGGAAGACACAUUCAAUUUAGACUUCUUAAUUAAACAUGAACAAUUAGAAGUUAAUUUGCCAACAAGUUUGUCACCUCCCCUAUCCCCACCCCUCUCAGCUCAUAAUUCACACAGCAGAGAAAAAGUCGUAAGAAAAGAAUUUAGUUAAAUUAACCAAACCAAAAUGUGAGCCAAGGAUGUUAUAUAUUCUAGACGUACAUAUUAAACCUAGGAACAUUAAUUACAAACCAACAAAACAGAAAAUAAAUUUAAGGCCAUAAAAAAUAGAAGAAAAAAAAAAUGACAACAAACCAACAACCUAAGACGUAGUUAACAAAUUAAGGUUUAGUACUCUAAGUUUAAGGAUAACAGGAAGAAGAGAAGCAAAAUUUUUCAAACCAUCAAAAAUUCCUUCGAAAUCGACCUCACUUUCCCAUUAAUACUCUCUCACUCUCACCCUUUCGUUACAUAUGUAUGUAUGUAUGCAAUGCAUAGUAUUAUAAGUACUAUAUAUACAUAUAACUAGGACAACAACAUGUAUUUUGUAAGACUUUAUAUAAUAAAAACAGACAUAUUUUAAAUUUUUAUUUUCCAAAAAUAAAAUAAGCGAAGAAAAAGCGAAUCGUUACGGAAAUUCUAGAUCUAAGGCAUGUUUCAUAACCAAACAAAAUGUUUCGAAAAAAUAAAACAAAAAAAACAAAUAAAAUAUGUUAAUUUUGCUGCAAGACCUGCAAGGAUAUUCAA